AUGGCAGUCAUGAUUAACGACACAACGGCCACCUUUGCCUCCUUGGCAUAUUCCAUCCCUUCUUUGCCGAACACUCGGGUUGUUAUGGGACUCAUAGUGGGCGCGGGUUGUAACACCACUGUUCCUAUGAAAUUGACUCAUUUGCAUGAGUCAAAAGUGAAGAAUAUCCUUGAAAAACAUCCCGAUGCGCAAGAUGCACUUAUUUCAACGGAAUGGACUCUUUCCACAGCCGCAGCUCCGUUCGAUGAACUUGGCAUUCGAACAAGGUGGGAUCAUCAACUGGAUAGAAACUGCAAACGACCGGGUUUUCAGCCCAUGGAGUACAUGAUUGGUGGUUCCUACACCGGUGAACUGGUUCGAAUUGUCUGCCAUGACUGGUUCCACGGAGCUUUGGGCAUAGAGAAUUCGAAAUUACCAGUGAAGCUGGUAGAGGAAUACUCUCUCUCCACAGAUUUCCUCUCUCUAGUCGUGGCUCCCUCCAUAUCCGAUGAGAACCUAGCAACCGAGCUAUCCAAAUCCCUCCGACCGCCAACGGAUAGUGACUGGAUCUGGUCGCCUGAAUAUGCUCGGGCUAUUCGUAUCAUUGCUUCGGCAGUGCAAGAUCGGGCCGCUUCGUUGGUUGCAUCUGCCGUUGUCGGGCUUCUCGAUUGUACGAACGAGGUUACACUUUGCGACUCGGACUCCAAAGACUCGAACGGGUUCCAGGAUACCUCCAAAGCACACCAUCCUACAAACUUAUCAUCUACAUCGGCAUCAAUACCAGGUUGGGAUAGUGGCCCUGAAGAGCUUGCAGUGGCCUUCUCUGGUGGAGUAAUUCAACACUAUCCUCAUUAUAAAGAAAGUGUACAGAGAUGCAUUGAUCGCCUCUUACUGCGCGCUGGUCCGCAAGCAGGUGGAAAGAGUGUGUUUUUACGGGAGGCUAGCGACGGUGGUCUUAUUGGCACUGGUGUUCUGGCUGGUACUGCGUCAGGCGAAAUCGGUGAGAUCAAAGUCACCAUGACUUGA